AAUUCAUCAACUUCCUUUAGAAACCCUAAUUUCCAUCACUUCAAUGCCAAAAUCGCUGAGUUCCAUCUCUGAUACUUCCCCAAAGGAAGAUGUUGCCAUGUGUCUCAUGAUGCUUUCAAGGGAUGUUUGGAAGGUCAAAGGAGUUAAGAUGGAGACGCUAAAGGAGGAGGAGGAGGAGGAAGAAGAAGAAGAAGAAGAAGACCUAGAAGCAGCAGAGAUCAAGUUGCGCAAGAAUCGUUGGACGUAUCGGUGUGAGAAAUGCGACAUGUCGUUUCGAUCUCCCACCGCAUUGGGCGAACACAAGAGGAUUUGCUCCGACCAAGUUAAGAAGUUGACAUUCCAAUGCCUGUUAUGUGACAAAGUGUUCAGGUUGGGCCAAGCCCUUGGUGGAUACAAGAGAUCUCACAUGCUUCCAUCAAACCCAGCAAUUGCAACUACAACUUCAACCCAGCUGGAAAAGUCUCCGAUCGAUCUAAAUUUACUAGCUCCGAUGGAAGAUGAUGAGUUCAGCGUGGUUUCUGACGCAUAAAUGAAACAUUCCCACCAAGCAUUUAUGAAAUUCACAUGGAUCUGGAGCUGGGUUUUUUAUUUUUCAACUGAAUUUUACUAUAGCCACUAAAAGUUUUAUCAUUUUGUAGAUUGAAUUAAAUUGCGUUUCAUUGCAACUGACUUUAAUAGUUCAUUGCCUUGCUUGAAGAAUUCUUAUUUUUUUAGGAAACCGUUUUCCAAUCUCUGUUUGGGAAGAUGAAGAUUGUAAUUGGUUUCAUGUGUAAAUCAUGUCAGAGGAAAAAGCAUUUUUUGGGUGGUUUGUUUUUCCCUACUUAUGGACCAUGGAGCAUUGAAGUCUACAAGCACCAAAGUGGUUCAAUAUUGGUUAUGCGUCCUUUCUUCUUUGAUGAAUUGGGAUUAGGGUUUCUAAGGAAGUUGAUGAAUUGGGAUUAGUUUGGGGUCCAUAAAAUGAAAAGGGGGUGACAUG